UCCCCUGCAUCGGCAGGCGGACUCUCAACCACUGCGCCACCAGGGAAGCCCAGAUUUACUUUUAAAAGUAAUUUCUGCCCCCUCUGUAGUCCAAUCUAUUUAAGAAGGUAAGUGAAGAUUCCAUUAAAUAUGGAUGAGAUUUGCUUUGUUCCUCCUCAGUCGUCAAAGCGCGGUGGCCAGUGAAGUUGAAUGAAGCAUGUGGAGAGCCUCAGCUCCCAUAUAUCCAUUCACAGAGCUACCUUUGGCGACUCCUGGGCCUAGCUUCGAGUUGCCUAAGCAACGAUGUCGCCUGCUCCUCCCCAUGUAUCCUUUUUUGGUUUUAGCUCCUCCUUCCCCGAGUUGCCUGUUGGGCUGGGAUAGCGUGGAGAAAGUGCGGAUGCGAAUAUUAAGCGACUGAAUCGAGCCCUUGUGGGGGCGUGGCUUGAGUUCGUGCUAGUUCGCUACUGGCUCCGUGAUCUACCUGGUCCAUCGCCCGGUAUUUUGGUUGGCAGAUUGGUCCCUUGCUUUUGGCAUUUCUUCCUUCGUUCAGUUUUUUAAACAACUUAAAUCAGGGCUAUAAUAUUCCUUAUGGGCUCCUAUUUCAAUUUUUAAAUUUAAAUUGUAUUUUAUACAACGCUAUCCAAAUACAGAGGGUUAUUGAUGAAGCUGCAGUCUGCAAAUGGAAGGCUAGAGACUAACCAGCAAGUGGGGACUGGCUUCGUCUGCAGGCAGAUGGUCCCUCUGUCCGCAUCCAUCACCUGUACUUAUAUAUUCAACACAGCUUCUGUCGCCUUCCCUUUCAAGUUCUCCAUCUCUUUACUUCUGUCCUUACCAGUUGGCCUAGCCCCACCAAGCAGAUAUUUUUAUUUCUAUCAACUCCAUUCCCUUCUCCGUGCCUGAGCUCGUGACGAAUAUCUGAGAGCCUAAACAUUAGUUAUCUAGAUUAAAGCGGGGAGGCGCGGUGGGGGCGGCUCAGGUUCGCGCUUGCGUGCUGCUCUGGGAGACGGCGUCCACCUCGCCCCGCCCCUCAUAUUCUGCAGUUCCGGCUCUGCAGAUUCACUGCUCACGUUUCUUUUUCCUGUGGCUCUUUCUGCCUUUUGUUUGCCCCCUUUAACAAAGCACGAGACAACUCUACCUGCAAAUAACUUAAAUUGAUUUUCUGCUUUUCUGGGUACUCGGCGGGCUCACCGGCCUUUAACGAAAGUGCGGCUGCGAACGAGCAGGCGCGCACGGGGCUCGGGGGAGGCGCGCUCGAGCUCCCGGCGGCGACGACUACGACGACCAGGAGAGCGGACGGAGGCGGCGCCUGAAGCAGCGGCUGAGCCCAUGCCCCGGGACGGCGGGAGGGCCCGGAGAGAUAAGUCCGGGGCCCGGGGCAUGUCCCCAGGGCCCCCGUGAGGAGGUGGCGGCGGCGAUGGAGGUCCCGCCGCAGGAGGCGCCGCCCGAGCCGGGCGCGGACGGCGAAGCCGAGGAGGCCCCCGCCGAGGCCCCGUCUCCCAGCCCCGCAUCGCCCCCGGCCGACGGGCGCCUCAAGGCUGCGGCCAAGCGCGUUACAUUCCCGUCCGACGAAGAUAUCGUGUCCGGAGCUGUGGAACCCAAAGACCCGUGGAGACACGCCCAGAACGUGACCGUGGAUGAGGUCCUCGGUGCCUACAAGCAGGCCUGCCAGAAGCUAAGCUGCAGGCAGAUCCCCAAGCUCCUCAGGCAGCUCCAGGAGUUCACGGACCUCGGGCACCGUAUCGACUGUCUGGACCUGAAAGGUGAGAAGCUCGACUACAAGACCUGCGAGGCCCUGGAAGAGGUCUUCAAGAGGCUGCAGUUCAAGGUCGUGGAUCUGGAGCAGACGAACCUGGACGAAGAUGGUGCCUCAGCCCUCUUCGACAUGAUCGAGUACUACGAGUCGGCCACCCACCUCAACAUCUCCUUCAACAAGCACAUCGGCACCCGGGGCUGGCAGGCCGCCGCCCACAUGAUGCGCAAGACAAGCUGCCUGCAGUACCUGGACGCCCGCAACACGCCCCUGCUGGACCACGCGGCGCCCUUCGUGGCGCGUGCCCUGCGCAUCCGCAGCAGCCUGGCGGUGCUACACCUGGAGAAUGCCAGCCUGUCAGGGCGGCCCCUCAUGCUGCUCGCCACGGCCCUGAAGAUGAACAUGACUCUGCGGGAGCUGUACCUGGCCGACAACAAGCUCAAUGGCCUGCAGGACUCGGCCCAGCUGGGCAACCUGCUCAAGUUCAACUGCUCCCUGCAGAUCCUGGACCUCCGUAACAACCACGUACUGGACUCAGGUCUGGCCUACAUCUGCGAGGGCCUCAAGGAGCAGAGGAAGGGGCUGGCGACCCUGGUGCUGUGGAACAACCAGCUCACGCACACGGGCAUGGCCUUCCUGGGCAUGACGCUGCCGCACACACACAGCCUGGAGACGCUGAACCUGGGCCACAACCCCAUUGGGAACGAGGGCGUGCGGAACCUCAAGAACGGCCUCAUCGGCAACCGCAGCGUGCUGCGCCUCGGCCUGGCCUCCACCAAGCUCACGUGCGAGGGCGCGGUGGCGGUGGCGGAGUUCAUCGCCGAGAGCCCCCGCCUCCUGAGACUGGACCUUCGGGAGAACGAGAUCAAGACGGGCGGGCUCAUGGCACUGUCGUUGGCCCUCAAGGUGAACCACUCUCUGCUGCGCCUGGACCUUGACCGCGAACCCAAGAAGGAGGCGGUGAAGAGCUUCAUUGAGACGCAGAAGGCGCUGCUCACUGAGAUCCAGAACGGCUGCAGGCGCAACUUCGCGCUGGCGCGGGAGGAGCAGGGGCAGUGCCUGCAGCCGUCGGCCUCCAUGGCCGAGAUCGCUGUCUCUGAGCCCCAGCCAGACGCCGGCGCGCCCGCGGAGGAGCCUGCCACCGAGGCGCAGGAGAACGGGGGCCCCGGCCCCGGCGCCGGGCCGGACUCAGACUCAGACUCAGACUCCGAGGGGGAGGAUGGGGAGGAGGAGGAUGGGGACAGGGCUGAGGCCCCCUGCCCCGCCCUGGUGCCCCCCACGGACUCCCUGGGCCCUGGGGACAGGAGCCCCCCAGGCUGCCCCUCCUCCCCCACCGAGCAGCGCAUUUCCGUGUCCAGCCCGGGCCGGGGCCACAAAGUGUUUGUGGUGACCCGGGUGGAGAGUCCACCCGAGAGGGCAGAGCCUCCUGUGCCACCCGCCUCUCCUUCCCCACCUGCCCCUCCUCGUCCUCCAUCCCCACCUGCCGUAUCCUUCCUGCCCACCUCACCUGCCCGGACGCCAGCUGAGGCCGUCAGCACUCGGGACCCAGGGUCGUCUGAGCCUCAGCCGGAGCCGCCCCAGUCAGGGCCACCGCUGCCCAACGGCCUGAAGCCCGAGUUCGCUCUCGCACUGCCCCCGGAGCCGCCCCCAGGGCCCGAGGCCAAGGUGGGCAGCUGUGGCCUGGAACACGAGCUGAGCUGCUCCAAGAACGAGAAGGAGCUCGAGGACCUGCUUCUGGAGGCCAGUCAGGAAUCUGGGCAGGAGACACUGUGACACCUGAGGUGCGGUGAGGGCCUGGGGCCCCGGGAGCUGGGGAGCCAGUGACGGAGCGCCUGGCUCUGACAGGCGCCCCCCUGCGAUCUCUUCUCCCUAAGUUCCCUUCUUCCGGUCCGUCUUUGAAGAGCUGAGGCCAGAGCCAUGAGAAUCUGCUCACCCUCACCCCCAGCCUUCCUGAGGCCUGGGACCCCAGGGGGUGGGGGGCCUUCCUGGGGACCCCUGCCCCCCACAGCAACACUACACGGGGUGCAGGAGCUGCAGGGAGUGGCCCCCCCCCGCCCUGACUUAAGCACUUCUAUUUAUGUGUCUGACACUCGAAGACUGGGCUGGGGGUGGAUGGGAGGAGGACGCGGGGGAGGAGUGGAUACCGGCCACAGGGCCGGGCACCUUUCCCCAGGGCUCCAUGUGGCCAGGCUUGCCCCCGGUAGAGGUCAGGAGUCCUAGGUGGUGGCGGGAUGAUCCCCUGGUGGCCCCGGGCACAGGACCAGGCAGGAGGCAUGGCUUGGGAGGGGCGGUGAGUGAUGGUGGUGGUUGGAAUUUGUAGAGCAGCCCCAGGCGGGGUGAGGGCCUGGGCUGGGGUGGGUGGGGGAGAUCAGAGGAUCAGAGCUUUCUUUUUCUUAAGUGCAAUAAAUCUAUCAGGGAGCUGGGGUGGGGAGCAGCCAGGGCUUGGAGACCCUGCUGUCCGGGCCACUCGAGGCUGUGCCCUGAGAGGCACUACAGCCCAGGGUGGGGGAGGCGCGGGUGUGGGGUGUGGGGCGGUGGGGGGGAGGGCUGCUCCUGUCGGUGCAGGUCUGCUCACACCUUUUCUAAUAAACCAGAGCUGGGUUCCCCACUGGCCUGCUCUCUGCUUGUGCUGAUCCUGGGCUCCCCCUGCGGGGGUUCUGGCACAGAGACGGGGAGGGCAGGGGCCAGGUGGGUUGUGGCCGCGGAACAUCUGCUGGGGCGCGUGAGGAUGGGCCCCACAGGAGAGGCGGGACAGGCAGGCCCCUUCUUGGCGCGCGCACCCACACUCCUGUGUCUGACACAGCUGGCCAUCCCGUGUAUGAUCCCACUUCCACUUCCCUCUCUUCAGAGAAAACAGCCCCCAAAUACCUUCCAGCUUCAGGUCCAGCUUCUCAGGGUGGUGGACCUGGCACGCGGGUCCAGAGGUCAUUUCUCUGCCCGGUCGCCUGUGGUCCAAGGAGGACAGACACCAGCCUGUCGCCGGCAGCCCUAGAUGUUCAGGCAGGAGGGCACUCUGCCCCGGAGCCUGGCCGGUCGCCUGCAGGCGCCGAGGUGCGCCCAGGGGGCUCUUGGGCAUUUCUGGGAAAUCUGAGUUUCAUCCUUCAGAAAGGGCGAGAACCACUUACGGGGAAGGCCUUUGUGCCCACUCCUCCCCUGCAUGGGAGGCCGGCCCGGGGUGGGUGGAGACGCGGUGGAAAGGUUAUGAGAAUCACGGCGUUGCCGAUUGGGAGCCCGUUUGGUUCCAGCACAAACCCUGGAAUCUUCUACCGCAGCUACCUGGGUGUCUGGGAUGAACACCUUUCCUGUUUAGGCCACUUCCUGUUCGCUCUUCAGUCACCGACAGCUCCGGUGUCCUGACCGCUCCUUAAGGCAGCCACAUUUGGGGCUCCCUCUCAUCUGGGUGAGGGGCUGGGGGAAGCCACCCACGUCAGCCAGUGGCACCCGCCCCGCUGGCAGCCAGGGAGACACCCGCACAGUGUCAUCCUCCGGCUGGCGCAGCUGUGCCCGGGUGUGAGGUGGGUGUGGAAUGAGCCCCUCCAGGGUGCCCUGCCUCCUGCCCAAGUCUUCUUGGGGAGACUGGGGAGUGCGAGGUUUGCUUCAAGAUGCUGAGAAACCGCAGUCCUUUGCCAGGUUGGGGUCUGUCAGUACAGUCCCCUAAGAAUCUCGGUAGGCCUUUGGUCGCAUCUAGCCAUUGCUCAGGAAUCCACCGAGGUGGGGGCUUUUGGCCCUUACAGCGGUGUUGGUUGCUUGCCCAUCCCCUUUGCUCUCUGCCUCCACCUGCAGGCCAGGUGAUCAACAGAUGGCUGAAGGGAGGGGCGGGGAGGGUGCCUCCCCAUCCUGUGGUGCCUGGGAGGGCCUGGGGUCCUGUUCCCAGCCUUGUCCCCGCCCUUCACUCUAGCUUGUGGUGAGGAAUUCGGCCUUUUCCACUGUUCGUUCAGGGUUGAAUUGUGCCCACCUCCCCACCCACCAAAGAUAUGUGAAGUCCUAAUCCUCAGUACUGCAGGAUGGGACUUUUCUUUGGAAAUAGUGUCUUUAUCGAGGUAAUCAAGUUAAAAAUGAGGUUAUAGAGUACCCCAAUCCAGUAUGAAAAGGGGGAAUUUGGAGACAGUGACAGAACAGAUAUGCUCAAAGGAAAGACGUGAGAACACAGAAGACCUUGGGAGGAUGGAGGGCUUAUGAUGCAACCCCAAGUCAAGGACGCCAAAGACGCCAGCAAAGCACCGGAAGCUGGAAGAGGCAAGAAAGGGUUCCCUUAUGGGUUUCCGCGGCCGUGUGGCCCUGACAACUCCUUGAUUUUGGACUUCUGACUUCCAGAGCUGUGAGAAAAUAAAUUUCUGUUGUUCCAAGCUG